CGUCUCCCGGUGUGCCGGCGCCGCGGGGCGCCUCGCUCCCCAUGGGGCCGCGGGACUGGCUGAGGGCCGUGUGCUGCUGCUGCCCGUGCAGGUGCCUGGAGGGGCCCGCCGCGCCCGAGAAGGAGCCCCUGGUCAGUGAUAGCAAUCCAUAUUCUUCCUUUGGAGCAACCCUGGUGAGAGAUGAUGACACGAACCUGUGGAGCACGCCUCAUGACGUGUCACACACGGAGGCCGACGACGACCGAAUGCUGUACAAUCUGAUAGUCGUCCGAAACCAGCAGGCCAAAGACUCCGAGGAGUGGCAAAAACUCAAUUAUGAUAUCUACACCCUGCGACAGAUUCGGAGGGAAGUGAGGAACAGAUGGAAACGCAUUUUAGAAGAUUUAGGUUUUCAAAAGGAAGCAGACUCUUUGCUGUCAGUGACGAAACUCAGCACCAUCAGUGAUUCCAAAAACACGAGGAAAGCUCGGGAGAUCUUGUUAAGACUGGCUGAAGAAACCAAUAUUUUUCCAGCAAGUUGGGAGCUUUCAGAGAGAUAUCUCUUUGUUGUGGAUCGUCUUAUUGCUCUUGAUGCAGCAGAAGAGUUCUUCAAAAUUGCCAGUCGAACUUAUCCCAAGAAGCCUGGGGUCCCAAGUCUGGCAGAUGGCCAGAAAGAACUGCACCACCUUCCAUUUCCAAGUCCCUAAAGGAGAGGCUGGGAGGCAGAAUUGGGAUUCCCCCACAGGCACUUAGGAGCCAGCCCACGUCGGACAAAUGCAUACAGGAGACUGGAAACAAGUGGAGGGCUAGUUAAAUGAAAACCAAUUCUAAAUCCUAUAAAAAAAAAUUAAGAGAUUGGAUAUCUGGUCUUCAUGGGGAUGCUACUGUAGGAAAAGUCCAGGUUGCAUUGAAACAGCCUGGUGAUCUUGCAUCAGGGAGUUAGUGAAGGUGAUAUUUCCUCAUGGGUGAUUAGGAUUCAAGAGUCCAGUGUCCCCAUUUUGGUUUUAGUUUUACAAUAAGCCCUGUCGCUAAGCCUCUUGGGGGAAUGGAGUGUUUUAGUUAAGAAAACUACAAGAUCGAUAGAGCUAUCGUUGAACCUAAAUAUAGAUUACUGAAUUUUAAAUAAUUGUUAUAUAGUAUAGGCUAAUGCUAAAAUAAUGCCAGGCAUUAUGUGAUCUUUCUUUGAUUUGGAAGAUUCUCCAGAACUUUGGAGGUGUCAGAAGCAUCAUUUUGGAUAUAAGUUAUGAUUGUUCAGAGGUUUAGAUACCACAGAUAAUGGAAAUAUCUAAGAGUGCUGCCAAGAAGGGAAUUCCAAAUAGAUCCAUCCCAGGCAGAGCUUCUCAGCUCUGUCUUCAGUAGUGGGACAUGCGUCCUAAAUUCUCAACAUCAGCAAUACCUGUUACCUCAUUUUUGCAUAUUGUCCAUUUCUAGACCACAAGCCCUUGAUAUUUUAUCUGGAAUAGCCUCUGUACACUGGGAUGUUUGGCCUCCACUUCCUUCUCUUCUCUUUAAUCUAUUUCUGGCUUCUUGGCUGUGAGCGGCACCUGCCCACUGACGUCUAGCACAGACUUGUCUCUCUGCAUCUGCAGGAAAGAUUGCACGGACGAAGGUCAUUGCUGUACUUUCUUCCAUUUGGAAGAGGAUUUCCAAGAUGGAGUAACGCUGCCAAUACAGCUUGCUUCUAGCCACAGACUCAAAAGUUACUUGCCACUCAGGCAAGGAGCUUGCCAGGAAAUCAUGGCUCAUGUUAUUGAAAAGACUUUCAGAACCUGUAGGAUUUACCCAUCUAUUGCUGACAACAAUGGCAAUAUUUUUACUUUCCCAGACUUUGCUCUUCUACCUUCAUGUGAAAAGGAACUUGAAUUUAGUCUGUCCAGGGGACUGUGACUUGAAGAUUUUCUGACUAGGUCUUUUGGUAGUGUACACGAUGUUUGAAAUACUUGUUAGAGGAGACACACGUUCUCCAUUUAUUAAUGCAUUGCAGACCAAUUUAACUGAUGUGUUUCAGGAAGAUUCUUUCUAGUUUAGUAAGUAAGCUAAAAGUUUUAUUUUUUAUAUUUAAUGCUUACUCUUUCUCUCGUAUCAUUUAAAAUGAGCCUGCAGAUAAUUUCCCUCACUUCUGUAGGUUCUUGUGAGAUAAACAUAGAACAGUGAAAUAAACAAAUAAAAACAAAAGUGAACAAAA